GAUCGUGUCCUCUGCGGCUCUGCCUAUUCCCUACCUCCUCCCUUGCUUUUCGUAUAAAGUCGUAAUGAAAGCAGUUUGUUUUUUUAAUUUGUUUUCGGUGGAUUAGAGAACCCUUCUUCUUUUCUGCUCGUGUCAAUCUCUCUGGUUCUUUAUCUCAUUUCUUUGUGUGUGUUUGUUUUCCGAAGUAGUGAAUUCUACAAAAGCCGGGCUUUCGUUCUYGUCAAWUACUAUAUUUUGGUGGGUUCUGUCCCUUUUCAUGUGAUAAUCUGUUUACAAAAUUCGGCUAGCCAUGAAUUUGUCUGUUCCUUUCAGGUAUAUCCUUCCUUUGGUUUCCAUGACUUCAAAAUCUUCUGUUUUUGUCCAUGAUCAGAAAGACUGUAAAUAACCCUUGUGAAGUAAUCAGGAAGAUGUUUGCUGACUUGUGUUCAAGCUAUGAUUGUCUGCUCUCAACGUUCAUUUCUCAUCUCUUAUCAGUCUAAGCUCAGUUUAUCUUAAAUUUUUAAUCAUUCUCUUGUUGGGUUCUCUUUCUCGGCCUUUAUCAGCCAUGAAGAGGUUUGUCGUCAACAUCGAAGCUAUUCUCCUUCUUGUCCUACUGCUUUUGGAUAUGUCAUAUACAUACGUAGCAGAUGCAUCCAGGGCUCCAAUGGAGAAAAGAGAGAAAGAAGCUUUAUACUCUGCUAUUCAAGGGUUCGUUGGGAGGUGGUGGAAUGGCUCAGAGCUCUACCCGGAUCCCUGCGGUUGGACCCCAAUACAGGGAGUCUCUUGUGAUUUCAUCGAUGGGUUCUGGUAUGUUACAGACUUGAUCAUCGGAACAGUCCGUGACAAUUCAUUCCCGUGCACCCGAAAUGUAGAAUUCAGGCAUCAUCUAUUCGAGUUGAAGCACCUAAAAACCCUCUCAUUCUUCAAUUGCUUUGUCUCUCCUGCUCAGCGCGCAAUCUCCAUCCCUACUCAGAACUGGGAGAAACUAGCAGGAAGCCUGGAAUCCUUGGAGUUUCGUUCAAACCUGGGUCUCAUCGGGCAAAUUCCCACCAUUUUCAGCAGUCUCACAAAGCUCCAAUCGUUAGUUCUCUUAGAAAAUGGCUUAACUGGAGAACUGCCGAUGGGUCUUGGUAAUUUAGUCGGCUUGAGGCGACUGGUUGUUGCUAGGAACCGAUUUUCCGGUCGAAUUCCAGCGAGUCUGGGACGGUUGGCUCAGCUGCUUAUCUUUGACUUAAGCAGGAAUUCUCUAUCUGGGUCUUUACCGUUGACUUUUGGAGGUUUGACUUCUCUUCUAAAGCUAGACUUGAGCAACAAUCUCUUGGAGGGAAAGCUACCAAAUGAGCUCAAGAAUCUAAAGAAUCUCACUUUAUUGGAUCUUAGAAACAACAGAUUUUCAGGUGGGUUGACUCAGUCGCUUCAAGAGAUGGUAUCCCUGGAGGAGAUGGUCUUGUCUAACAAUCCAAUAGGUGGAGAUCUAAUGAGUUUUGAAUGGGAAAAAAUGCAGAGCUUGAUCGUUCUAGAUCUCUCUAACAUGGGUUUGACAGGAGAAAUUCCAGACACAAUGGCAGAACUAAAGAGAUUGAGAUUUCUUGGUCUGAACGACAACGAUCUCUCAAGCCAUGUCCCUCCAAAGCUUUCGGCCAUGCCUUGUCUUAAUACUCUCAACCUGUAUAGAAACGAUCUGACAGGAGAACUUCAAUUCUCUGAGUGGUUUUAUGGAAAGAUGGGAAGGCGGUUUGCUGCAUGGAGCAACCCAAAUCUCUGCUACCCUGUUAAGUUGAUGUCAACAGGCCGUGUUCCUUUUGGGGUUAAACCAUGUCAKCAGGAGGCUGCCAUUUCUGAAGCAGAUUUCAAAACUAAGUUGGGUGAUGAGAAUUUAAACAAGGAUUCCCAUUUGGUAGCUUCAUUGGGAUUCUCAAGUGGAGCAAAUUGUGGGUUUUGGUGGGGUUUUAUUGUUAAGGAGAUUGUGAUUGUUUUUCUUCUCUUUGAUACGUUCUUGUGGAAUUAUCUUGGUUUGAUAGCUUCAUUGGAAUUCUCUUGAUGCACAUAAAUGUUUCUUCAUUGAUCCAGCGAGAGUCAAAUGUUAGUAGGUUCAUUUCCAGAUAUAUUAUGAGGCAAUUCUGAUUUAUUGGUGAAAGCAAAGAGCCAAAAGACAUUCUAACAUAGYGAGGCAUCCCUUUAUGAGGCAAUUUUGAUUUAUUCAUCAAUUUUUUAUUUUC